AUGGUCGCAGCGCGUAGGCCGAUAGGCAUGGCAUUCAGUGGCAGAGGAGCAAAGUUCACCCCUCGUCUCGUACGGGUCGGUGUCUUUUUGCUCACCUGCUUCAUCGUCGCACAUCAAGGCUACGAUCCCAACACUCCGCACCCGCACGGAUUGAUACGCUUCGAUCAUGCGUUCCAACGACAUCUGCUCAGCCGAUUGCAUCAACACCCGGAGGGUAGCGCGAGCAUAACAUUGCGGUAUCCAAUAGGACGAUCGUUUGUUUUUGCUACCUGUAUCGCUGUCACUUUCCUAGACUCGUCUAUCGCGCGAGUUGGCGCGGCACAUAUAAGUGUCGCCAUCACGAAGCGAUGCGUGCGCUCAUUCAUACAGCAGCAAGCUCGCGUGCAACGGUCGUCUUCACUGGCGACACUCCACAUCGUAGCGGGACAAGCAGAUACGUUCGCGCGCAAGUAUAUAUGGCCAGAUAUAUGA